GUUGUCUGCUGCAUAACCAAGCGAACCGAAAGAAGAUUUUGAGGACGUCUCCAAAGACAGGUGUCCUGUGCUCAAUCUGCAAAAUGGGCUCGGAUUUUGGUUCAGUCAUAGGUUUAGGCGUAGAUCUUCUGUUUUUCACAAUAUUCUACACCUGGUAUAAACGGACAAAUAAGUCUGCUGAUGAGAUAAAUGCUGCUACCACUUACCCGUUGAACAAGACAUUAGUGGAGACGGUGAAAUCUUCAGUGGAUAGAUGCCUGCCAUAUGCCUGUGUUGAGGGAGAGGUGUCACCAGUCGGACAGGUCUUACACAGCAAGCACGGGGAGGGUCAUUCUGGUGUUAUACAAAGUGUAGGCCUGAAGGAGCACAAGUCAAUGAAGCUGCAAGGAGUUUGGACAGAUGUAAAGAAAAGUAUUCAUGACAGGCUACAGACUGUGCCCUUUGUACUGCGGAGUUUAUGUGGUGUGGAACCAGUCGAUAUUCACGUUGACGACCCGAAGUCUGCCAGCUACCUCAUGGAUGACCUCACAAGUACCCAUGAUGUCUUUACGCCAGCUGAUGGCGGAGGAUUUCUGUCGAGGACAAUUGAUCGUCUCUCGGGAGAUGUGGUCCUAGGGUACCAUGAGACGGAAAAAAUGCUGUUAACAAAUACAUUCCUACUAGGGAUUGGUGAAAUUCGUUAUUUGGAUGAGAGGCUUGUUUUAAAACCGCCAAUCAAUGGUUCCCGCUUCAUACUCACCACCAAAUCCAAAGCUGAAGUGAUCAAAUCACUUGAGAGUAAAUCAUUUUGGAUAAAAGUAUUUGCUGUAGGAACAGGUGUAGUUGGUGUUAGCAUUUUUUGUCAUAUUUUGUACAAGACAUACAAGAAAAAUCAAGCCGAUAGAGCAAAAGAACGGACUUUGGCUGAAAUGCGAGAACUCCGUCAGAGGGCGGUGACUGAGAGGGAUGAGAGGGGUGGAGAGAGGGAUGAAGACAUUGAAUUGUGUGUUGUCUGUCUGUCCAAUCCACGUGAAAUAGUGCUGCUCAACUGUGGACAUAUUUGUCUCUGUGUUGACUGUGUCAGUGAACUUCCAGAGCCUCUGACAUGUCCAGUAUGUCGGCAGUCUGUUGAGAGAUAUAUUACCACGUAUCGCCCAUAGGAGUCAAAACUUCAAUUUUUUAAAGAUAUUAAACACUACUUUUAAGUAUAAAGCUGCACUCUCACAGAUUGAACGUUUUGACAACUUUUUUUUUUUUGUCUUAAAACGAGCCAUUUUUUGCGAAAAUGCAUAGAAACUAGUUAUAUAAGACUGCUGACAAAAAAUAAGAUCGCAGGUUUUUAGAAUUAAGUUCAAAAUUUGAUGUUUUAUGCAUAUUUCUUAAACCGUUAGUAACGCCUAACGGUUUAAGCCAUAAAACAUUAAUUUUCGAACGGAAAUAUAAAAAUCUGCCAUCUUAUCUUUUGUCAGCAAUCUUAUAUCAUUGGUUUGCAGAUAUUUUCGCAAAAAUUUUCUCUUUCCAAGACAAAAAAUAAAAAAGUUGUAAAAAUGGUAAAUCUGUGAGAGUGCAGCUUUAAGAAAAUGAACUUCUUCAGAUGGAGAUCUAUUUUACCUCCUGUGAUUUUGUUUCCACUUUUGAAGGAAAUGUUACCUACAAAACAGUGUUUAAAGUCUGGUUUUCUUGAAUCUUGUAAAAGACAAAAGACAGGACAGAACGAAACAUGAAUCUAGCCACAUGUAUUUGAAGCCUCAAAAUGACGCUUAUAGAUCUUGAAGGUUGAUUGAAAGGAAAAUUACUGUAAUUUUGUAUCGUUUUUACCCUUCUUUACAAGAUACAAUUAUGAAUCUUUAUUAAAAGUCGGGUGUAGGUUAACAAGACACAUUUAUAAAUUUGGGUAUUGUACGAAAAGUACACCACUUAAAUGUUUUAAUAGAUUAAUUAUAAGUAUUUCAAAAGGAACUGAAGCUUUCGUAAAACUUGUUGUUUUUGUUUGUAGUAAAACCCGUUAUUAAGUGCCCAGUUUUGAAGUUUUUGAUGUUUAACUCAAAGCUACAAGGCUUGAUUGUUGCCAAGGAAACAUGUAUUUAGUGUAUUUAGAAAAUUAUUUUAAUAGUGUUUCACAUUCUUUAGAACCUUGGUUUUUAUUGCUUUUAUAUAUAUACUCUUUUAUUUACAAAGAAAUGUGUUGCCACUGAUAAUGAUUUUUUUUUAAAAUUCACAUUUUUACGGAAAUUCAAGUAAAUUAAAAAAAAACUGCAGUUUUUUACUGUUACCGGUAACAAGAAAAUGUUUUUGCCAUACGGUUAGAUCAGGUUUGUGACAUUAAGAUCAACUUGAUAACAUAAAAAAUUAACUGAAAAACAAAAAAUUAAUAAAUUAAUUGAAAAACAAAACUGAUGAACCAUGACCGUUGUUCUACAGAUGUGAAACACACAAAUAAAUUAUUUUACAUUUAAAUCAAACAAAGAUGUGCCUUUCGUAUUAUCUUUUAUAUACAUUGCAUAGCCAUUAUGUGCACAAUCAUUGUUAGAAGUAGCCGAAGCUUGCUUUUCAAGCCUUUUUUUGGUGUCUUUUAUGAGUACCAUAUCCAUACAUGAACACAUAAUACUUGUAUGAAAACUGAAAAGUAAAUGUUUUAUAA